AUGAUCAAAAGAUUUCUGGAAAGCAAGCCAACAGCAUAUUCCCCCAUCAUUAUCAUCCAUCCCCACCUCGGCGCGGCAACAAUAACAAUGGCGGGGUCAACAUUGCAAGUUUCGAAGCCCAUGAGUGUCAAGGAGAUCUCUGCAAAGGCCGCAGACUUUGAUUUUAAUCCUUACAUUGCGCUGAAAUACUGGAUCCGGACUGCUAAUACUCUGUUGCGAGAGGCACACAUCUACGAGGAAGAACACAACGACCAGCAAGCCUAUCUCCUAUUAAUGCGAUAUGCUACCCUUGUCUCAGAGCGACUUCCGUUACACCCCUCCGCGAAACUGCCAGAAAACCGAGCAGCCCUCAAAUCAAUCCAGAAAGGCUUGCCAGACAUAAUAGACCGACUGGAAGACUUGAAACCGCGGAUCAAUGAUAGACACGAGACAUGGCUGAAGGAUUUGGAGCGCAGGAAGGAGGCAAAUGUCGCCCUCAAGAGCGAGAAACCGGGUCUGCGGUCGAGAUCACGGAUAGAUCUUGCGGCAUCAGAUCCCGCAGUCGCAGGAAACACUACAACAUUAGCAGCAGGCGAGAACAGUGAGCUGGCUGUGAAGCUGGCCCACAAAGAAAUCAGAAGGAGAGAUGCUGCUCGGAAGGCUACACGGCAGGCGGGUGUUUCGGAGGAGGAAGAGCAGGAGCGAAGGACCGCGGGGCUAUGGGAUGAUUGGGAAGCUGCACUCGAGAAGAAGGACCAACCAACUUUACAAGAGGACGACGAAACCCGACGCAACAUGGAAGCCUCAAGGCGACAACUAGAUGGACAACACAGUGCUGUUCCUGAUGGAGGAAGAAGGCGACUAUCGAAGCCGCCACCCCGACCGCUUCGACCUGAGCAUCAGAGGAAUGGACACAGUGAAUAUCGAUACCCGUCGAUCUCAAGAUCGCAACCUAUUCGAUAUUCUGAAGACGGUUCUGUGGAAUCUCAAUCAAGAUCGAGCACCCACCGACCCAGAUCCAAAUCCCCUGGAAGAGCUCACCUCCCUCCCAAACCACCGAAAGAAAGAUUUGAAGAAUUUCUACCAAUGCCAGAGCCCACAUCAACCCCAGCGUUGCCUGGGCGCCCCGACAAAGCAAUGCAGGAGUUUGACAAUACAAAACCUCCCCAGUCAUUUACCUUCCGCCCAUCAGCGUACCUUGAGAAUGGCAACCCUCUCCGAACAGUUUUCCUCCCACCAACACUGCGGGAAAGCUUCCUUCAGCAUGCUGCUCCAAAUACUCGAAGAAACCUUGAAACUUGUGGGAUGUUAUGUGGAACGUUGAUCUCCAAUGCGCUCUUCAUCUCGCGUGUGGUCAUUCCGGAGCAAGAGAGCACGAGCGAUACAUGCGACACAAUCAAUGAAAGCGCAUUGUUCGAUUAUUGCGCAUCUGAGGAUUUGAUGGUCUUGGGCUGGAUCCACACCCAUCCUUCCCAAACGUGCUUCAUGAGCAGUCGUGAUCUACAUACACAUUGUGGAUACCAGAUCAUGAUGCCAGAGAGUAUCGCAAUUGUUUGCGCGCCUUCUAGGAACCCUUCCUGGGGAGUUUUCCGCUUGACUGAUCCGCCCGGGAUGCAAUCAGUGCUCAACUGCAGGAAGACCGGGCUCUUCCACCCCCACGACGAAGAGAACGUAUAUACGGAUGCCUUGCGACCAGGUCAUGUUUUCGAAGCCAAGGGAUUGGAGUAUGAGGUAGUAGAUUUAAGACCAUAG